CUGUACUAUGUCUGCGGUCUCUGGUCAUCUCCUGUACUAUGUCUGCGGUCUCUGGUCAUCUCCUGUACUAUGUCUGCGGUCUCUGGUCAUCUCCUGUACUAUGUCUGCGGUCUCUGGUCAUCUCCUGUACUAUGUCUGCGGUCUCUGGUCAUCUCCUGUACUAUGUCUGCGGUCUCUGUUCAGAAUAUAUUUUUUUGUUUGUUUUCCUCUAAAAUCUAGGUGCUUCUUAUGGUCAGGUGCGUCUAAUGGUGCGAAAAAUACGGUAUGUGCCACUUUGUGUUGG